AUUUAAUGUUAAACCCUUUGUUAGGGACGUAGACAUGUAAACUCACUCUAGAUGUAACCCACCCCGAAGAGAGAGGCAAUGUGUUGAUUUCAAGUGUCUUGCCUAAGGACACUACCUAAUGGCUGUGGUAGGGCUCGAACUCACGACCCUCCGGUCAUGAAGCAAACGCGCUAACCACUGCGCUAUUCCGGCUCCACACGUCAAAACAUUGACAUAAAUGGUUACCGUUCAACCUGUUUUAACAUAUGUUAUUUGAGCCGCGCCAUGAGAAAACCAACAUAGUGGCUUUGCGACCAGCUUUGAUCUAGACCAGCUUGCACAGUCUUGUCAGGAUCCAUGUUGUUCGCUUUCAAAGCCUAUUGCAAUUUAAGAAACCGUUAGCGAACAGCAUGGAUACUGACCAGACUGCAAAGCCACUAUGUUGGUUUUCACAGGGCGCGGCUCAUUUCAUUAAAAAAAAUCUGUAAUUUGUUGCACAGGGCGAGGAAAAAAGCCUGAAUAGAAAAGACUAAAUUAUGAAUUUUUAAACAUACCAUGACGGACAGGUGCCCCUUCCGUUUACAUUACGAAAUAACGAUAUAGAAUGUGCGUCCAGAUGCCGUUUGUUUCGCGGAUUGGUUCACAAAAUUGUCUUUCCUAAAAUUCAAUAAAAAUCAAAAAAGUCUGCAAGGUUGGUCCAAAUAGAAAUUAAAAGUAUACACUAGAGAACGAGCACUCAAAAAGAUACACAUUCCGUUCCAUAUCCUGGAUUAUGUAGAGCUUUUAUUUUACACGUAUUUUAGAAAGUCUUAGAAUAAGUUUGAAUUGAAUGGCUGUAUAAUAAAUCUUAAUAAAUUAAUAAUGGUUGUAAUUUUAAGCAAUUCCAUUUCUAUUUAUAAACUGUCCCCUGCUUCUUAUUUCAGCAAUGAUUCACGGGGGAGUCGGAGCUUCCCAUUUGAAUGGCAUACUUACAACUCUUGGAUUGCCAGAGAUAAAUCCCAAAACUUUGAAAAAAGGUGAAAGGCAUAUAGGCCCGGUAAUAGAGAAAGUGGCAAAGAGAUCUUGCUCAAAUGCAAGUGAUUUAGAAAAGAUAUCAAUACUAGAUGUACAAUCGGAAAACGCAUCAUUUUGCGCAGUGGGUGCAGCUGGAGACAAUAAUGUUGAAUUAACUCUAAAUUUUGACGAAGCUCUCGAGUUGCUUGAAACAGAAUGCGAAGAAGAUGGUUGCGAAACAGAUGUGCAACGUACAGAUUCAAAUAAUUGCUGCAUGGAACCUGCACCAGUCGAAAGAAACGUCGUCUCUGACAAGGUUAUAGAAAGCAGACACAAUGAAGAGGAGAGUCUUGCAACACGUGCAUCAAGAUACGAUGAAGGAAAUAAUGCGUCUCCCUCGGGAAACAAGCAAAAGUCUUUAGUAGAUGUUACUGUGAGUCAGGAUGGUGCAUGGCCAAAACGUGGAAGGGCGAUGAACAGUAAUUCAGGUGUCGGGCAUGUCGUCGGUCAAAAUACGAGAAAAUGCUUAAAUUUUGGUACAAGGAAUAAACGCUGCAAAAAAAUGUUCUUAUUAUCAGAAAGUGGGAAAGCCAGUCCCUAUCCACGACUGUCGUCAAAAUUGGAGCCAUUCUGCAAAAGCUAUGGAGCCCGAUAUUUGUGUUCAACUGCAUAAAGAGGCAAGCAAUUCUGGAUUGAAAUACAAACAUAUUAUAGGGGACGAUGACUCUGCAGCAACGAAAUACAUCAGGGAGAAAGUUAAUUCUGAUAUUGUAAAAUUUUCAGAUCCAACACAUACAAAACGGACCGUAGGCAAUAAACUUGAAGAAAUUAGUCGAGUCUGUCCAUCAUUAACCGAAAAAGUGAAAUCAUCAUUCAUUAAAAAUUUCACAUACGCUGUCAAUCAAAACAAACAAAAAGGAGAAGCUGAAUUAAGACAGGCGCUAGAAAGCAUCGUUCCACAUAUGUAUGGAGAGCACCAUCUUUGCAGCCUCUGGUGUAAAAAUAAGGUUAAUAAUGUUAAUACAGAAUAUAAACACAGUAACCUGCCGUAUGGGAAAGACUUGACUGACCUCAAACUGAAAAAUGAAUUGACGAAAAUGUUGCAACCAUACAUUACCAACCCUGCAAAACUAAUGACAACCGGAGAUUCACAGGCAAACGAAUCUCUCAAUAACGUUAUUUUCUCCAAAGCACCUAAAAUUAGAAACUAUACUUUAAGUGAAAGCUUUGAUUUUCGAUGUGCCGCAGGAGUUCUUCAGUUUAAUGAGGGUGUCGAAUACGUACAAAAAGUCAUUGAUGAAGCAUGUCUAACACCAAGAAAAGAAACACUGAACCACGUUGAGAGAACGGAUAAGAAAAGAAAAUAUCUCAAAGAGUACAAAUCACAGAGAAAAUAUAAGAAACGGAAGAUAGAACUUAAAACUGAACGUAAGAAAAAUGAUUUAAUGAGCAAGGUUAAAUUGGGAGUAACUUAUGAAACAAAUUGCACAUUAUCUACUGAAGACAUUGAUACAACUGAAAUUAAAGAUCCAAAAACAUCAGCAAAAAUUUCCUAUAAUCCUGAGGAUACCACAUUAAUAUUUGUUGAUAUAGAGACGACAAAACUCGGACACAAUGCAGAGAUUUUGCAAAUAGGAGCGUCAACAAUAAAUGGAAAGUCUUUUGACACGUACUUACUACCUACGGGUCUUAUUUCUUCGAAAGCUUCUGAGGUAACUGGUCUCACGGUUAAAGUUGAAAACAGCGUCAGAUUGCUAUGUAAAG